AUGGACUCCUAUUUGAGGUAUAAGCAUAACCCCAGCCAGUCGAAGAAAUCCCUAAUCUUAUUUUCUUCACUUUUCUUCAUUGGAAUCCUUUUUGCUGUUUUCGCUCUAAAAUCCAGCUUUCCUUCUAAAAGCCGCAGCCUUUCCCAAUUUGAGCUUGACCAAGAACAAUUCAAAAGUUUCAUUCUUACCUACAAUAAAAAUUAUCCUACGCCCGAAGAGUUCUUAAAAAGGUUCCAAAUCUUCAGAGAGAACCUAGCCCACUUCCAGGAAUUCAAUUCUCAAAGACACUCUUGGACCAAAGGAAUAACUAAAUUUGCAGAUAUGACUGUAGAAGAAUUUCAUGAAAAGUAUUCUAGACCUAUGGAAAAGGUAGAAAUUGAGCAUAUCUUAUCUUAUUAAGUUUAUAACGUUUAACGUCCACUAUGGGGUAGCCGUUUCCAGAGUUGCCACCAUAUUUUCCACUUGUCGGGUCCAUAGACCUCUGAAUCGAUCCAUUUCGUUGUGCCAGGGCAUGGACAAAUACAGUGUUCUGGCUUCAACGGGCUACCUUGCCUUGCCUUCUUUGACUCAGCUCCUGCGCGUGUUCCGCCUAAGGGUUGCCUUCCUCAGGUGUGCUGAGAGGCAAUGCUUUGAACCUCUUGAUGCACUUGUAGCAGUGCCAGCUUAAUUGCCUGAGUUAAACUGCUAUUGCUGUACAGAAGUUCUCAAAAGAAAGCCUAACCCCAUAAAUAAAAUUGCUUGAGGGAGAGAAAUUAGCGAAGCUAAUUUCACUCGAACCGAAUGCCAUUUUAUUUAUAUAGAAAAUGAACAUUACAAGGAAUUUGAAGUUGGAGAUACAAUAUUUUCUUGGGACUGGAGAAAUGUUCCUGGAAUUCUUACACCUAUAAAAGAUCAACAUACCUGCGCUAACUGCUACGCUUUUGCAAGUGCAGCCACAGUAGAAAGUGCUUGGGCAAUCAGCGGCAAAGGUCUUCACUCACUUUCUGUACAGCAAAUCACAGACUGCUCUUUGGGGUUUGGCAACCAUGGUUGCAAUACUGGCAGCUACAUAGCUACUUAUGGCUAUAUAUAUAUUUUUUGUUAUUUUUUACAUUAUUUUCAUUAAUAUUAGCAUUAUUUCCAUUCUAUAUUAUAUAUUAUAAAAAAUAUGGGCUUGUCAGUCAAGAGUAUUAUCCUUUUGUUAAUUCAGUUGGAAACUGCAAAGAAAGCAUUACUGAAUAUCCUCUAG